AUGACGCACCGCGGUGCCACGGGCGCCGACGCGCGCGAUGGUGACGGUGCCGGUGUGAUGACGGGUAUUCCGCAUGAGUUCUUCGCCCGCGAGGCCCCGCACUCGUUUGACGCAAAGAUCCCCGCCGAGGGCACUUAUGCCGUUGGUAACGUGUUCCUCGCCCAGUCGGGAUACGAGGCUCAGCAAGCCGAGUUUGAAGACACUGCUCGUGGGCUUGGUCUCCGCACCCUUGGUUGGCGUCUUGUGCCAACCGACAACUCGAUCUUAGGUCCCGCUGCAAAGGGCCGCGAGCCCCGUAUCAUGCAGCCGUUCGUAGUCCUGCAAGACUACUAUGGUAACGGCGCCAACUGCGGCGACGGCAAGUACGACGAGCGAUACUUUUUGCGUCAACUUUAUGUGCUUCGCAAGCAGGCGACGCACAAGAUUGGUCUCAAGUCGGGCUUUUACAUCUGCUCGCUCACCCCGAGCAACAUUGUGUACAAAGGCCAGCUUUCGCCCGUCCAGGUCUAUAACUACUACCACGACCUGAACCACGCACUGUACAAGUCGCACUUUGCGCUUGUGCACUCGCGUUUCUCCACCAACACGUUCCCCUCGUGGGACCGCGCGCAGCCUAUGCGCUGGGCCGCGCACAACGGCGAGAUCAACACGGUCCGCGGUAACAAGAACUGGAUGCGUACUCGGGAAGGCCACCUCAAGUCGGAGCACUUUGGCAAGGAUCUCGAGCUGCUUUAUCCCAUCGUUGAGGACGGCGGUUCAGACUCGGCCGCCUUCGAUAACGUCCUGGAGCUUCUGGUUGUCAACGGCGUCCUCACACUCCCCGAGGCGGUCAUGAUGAUGGUCCCCGAAGCGUGGCAGAACAAUGACCUCAUGGAGCCCGAGAAGAAGGCUUUCUACAACUGGGCCGGCUCCCUUAUGGAGCCGUGGGACGGUCCCGCCCUCUUCACCUUCUCGGACGGCCGCUUCUGUGGCGCCAACCUCGACCGUAACGGUCUGCGUCCGUGCCGCUACGUUGUCACGUCCGACGACAUCAUGGUGUGCGCCUCCGAGGUCGGCACCAUUAGCCUUGACCCAGAGCGUAUCGUCCAGAAGGGUCGUCUCAAGCCCGGUCGCAUGCUCCUCGUCGACACCAAGGAGGGUCGUAUCGUCGACGACCGCGAGCUCAAGCUCAACACGGCCAAGCGCCAGCCCUUUGAGUCCUGGAUCCAAAGCCAGGUCAUGACGCUGCCCGACGUGGUUCGCCGCGUCCAGCGCCGUCUGGACAUUGCCCCGCGGCUCGACACCACCAGCCUCUCCAACGAUCCCAAGCUGCUCGCAUUCGGCUACUCGCUCGAGUCGCUCAGCAUGCUCAUGCUUCCCAUGGUGCAGGAGGGCCACGAGGCCCUUGGUUCCAUGGGCAACGACGCUGCGCUUGCGUGUGUCUCGCAGACGCCUCACAACGUCUACGACUACUUCCGCCAGCUCUUCGCACAGGUCACCAACCCGCCCAUCGACCCCAUCCGUGAGGCAAUCGUCAUGUCGCUCGAGACGCUCGUCGGUCCAGAGGGUAACCUCCUCGAGAUGGACGCCAAGCAGGCCCACCGUUUGCGCCUCAAGUCGCCCAUCCUCACCAUCGAGGAGAUGAACGCCAUCAAAAACUACACCGAGGCGUUCUCUGACUGGCCGACGCUCACCAUCGACAUCACGUUCCCGAAGGGUGAAGGCCUUCCAGGCUUCCGGACCGCGCUGGAGCGCGUCCGCACCGAGGCUCUGGACGCGGUCAAUAACGGCUACAAGAUUGUCAUCCUCUCGGACCGCAACACUGGCUCAGACCGUGUUGCCCUCUCGGCUAUCCUUGCCACUGGUGGUGUUCACCACUACCUCGUCAAGCAGAAGAAGCGCUCGGACGUCGCCAUCAUGGUCGACACGGCCGAGGCGCGCGAAGUCCACCACAUGUGUGUCCUCGCCGGUUACGGUGCCGACGCCAUCUGUCCCUGGCUCGUCAUGGAGAUGAUCUACAAGAUUGAGCGUGAGGGCAUGGCCAAGGACGGCCAGAGCGCGGAGCAGCUCAUCGGCAACUAUAUCAAGGCUCUCGAUGAAGGCAUCCUCAAGGUCCUCUCCAAGAUGGGUGUGUCGACGCUCGCGUCGUACAAGGGUGCCCAGCUCUUCGAGGCUCUCGGUAUUCACGAGGAGGUUAUCGACGAGUGCUUUGUCGGCACAGCCUCUCGCGUGCAGGGCGCGACGUUUGAGUUGCUGGCGAUGGACUCGUUCGAGUUCCACGAGCGUGCUUGGCCCUCGCGCUCGACCAUCCGCAUCCCCGGCCUCCCCGAGUCUGGCGACUACCAUUACCGCAACGGUUCCGAGCUGCGCAUGAACGAGCCCAUCUCCAUUGCCAACCUUCAGGAUGCGGUGCGCGAGAAGAACCAGAAGGCUUACAACGCCUACGCCGACAACAGCUACGAGUCAACGAAGCGCGCGACCCUCCGUGGCAUGCUCGACUUUGCAUUCGACGAGGCCAAGAGCGUGCCCAUUGACCAGGUUGAGCCUUGGAACGAGAUUGUGAGACGCUGUGUCACUGGCGCCAUGUCGUACGGCUCCAUCUCGAUGGAGUCACACACGACACUCGCCAUCGCCAUGAACCGUCUCGGAGGCAAGUCCAACACCGGCGAAGGUGGAGAGGACGCCGAGCGCUCCAUCCCCAUCCCUGGUCCCGGCAACGCAACUGGUGAGGGUCCCUACCGGCAUGCCAUGGAGCUGCAGCCAGAGUGGGACUCGCGCCGCUCUGCCAUCAAGCAAGUCGCGUCCGGACGCUUUGGUGUUACUUCCAACUAUCUCGCCGACUCGGACGAGCUGCAGAUCAAGAUGGCCCAAGGUGCCAAGCCCGGUGAAGGUGGUGAGCUCCCCGGCCACAAGGUGUCCCAGUCAAUCGGCAAGACGCGUCACUCAACCCCUGGUGUCACCCUCGUGUCGCCUCCCCCACACCACGACAUUUACUCCAUUGAGGACCUUAAGCAGCUCAUCUACGACCUCAAGUCAGCGAAUCCGCGCGCCCGCGUGAGCGUCAAGCUCGUGUCCGAGGUCGGUGUCGGCAUUGUUGCGUCGGGUGUUGCCAAGGCCAAGGCAGACCACAUCACCAUCUCGGGCCACGAUGGCGGUACUGGUGCCGCCAAGUGGACGUCGAUCAAGUACGCCGGUCUCCCAUGGGAGCUGGGUCUGGCCGAGACCCACCAGACGCUCGUACUUAACGACCUCCGUGGUCGCGUGACCGUCCAGACCGAUGGCCAGAUUCGUACUGGCCGCGACAUUGCCAUCGCGACCCUCCUUGGGGCCGAGGAGUGGGGCUUUGCCACGACUCCGCUCAUCGCCAUGGGCUGCAUCAUGAUGAAGGCGUGCCACAAGAACACGUGCCCUGUCGGUAUCGCGACGCAGGACCCCGCCCUGCGCGCCAAGUUUGCCGGCCAGCCCGAGCAGGUCAUCAACUUCUUCUACUACAUCAUCGAGGAGCUCCGCGGCAUCAUGGCCCGGCUGGGUAUCCGCACGAUCAACGAGAUGAUUGGUCGCGCCGACCUCCUCCGUGUCGACGAGAGCCUGCGCACCCCCAAGACGCAGCACCUCGACCUUGGCGCGAUCGUCAAGCCAGCCCACCUCUUGCGCAGGGAUGUGGCUACUUACCGUGUCCGCCAACAGGACCACAAGCUCUAUGUCCGCCUCGACAACAAGUUUAUCGACGAGGCCGAGCCCGCCCUUACCAAGGGUCUGCCCGUCGAGAUCGACUGCGACGUCGUCAACACUGACCGUGCGCUCGGCACGACACUCUCGUACCACGUCUCGAAGCGGUACAAGGAGGCUGGUCUGCCGCGCGACACGAUCCGCAUCAACAUGAAGGGCUCGGCUGGCCAGUCACUCGGCGCCUUCCUCGCACCCGGUGUCACCAUCGAGCUCGAGGGAGACGCCAACGACUACGUCGGCAAGGGCCUCUCUGGUGGUCGCCUCAUCGCUUACCCUCCCAAGAAGUCGAGCUUCAAGGCCGAGGAGAACAUUAUCAUUGGCAACGUUUGCUUCUUCGGUGCAACCAGCGGUCAGGCGUUCAUCCGCGGCAUCGCCGCCGAGCGUUUCGCUGUGCGCAACUCGGGCGCAACCCUUGUUGUGGAGGGUACAGGUGACCAUGGAUGCGAGUACAUGACUGGCGGUCGUGUCGUCGUUCUCGGCCUGACUGGCCGCAACUUCGCCGCAGGCAUGUCGGGCGGUAUCGCGUAUGUCCUCGACAUGAGCCACUCGCUCGGCCCCAAGGUCAACAUGGGCACGGUCGAGCUGGGCAAGGUCUCUGACCCACACGAGAUUGCCGAGCUGCGCUCCCUCAUUGAGGAACACCGCCACUACACGGGCUCGGAGAUGGCAGACCGCGUCCUGCGUAACUUCCACCACAUGCUCCCCAUGUUCGUGCGCGUCAUGCCGCUCGAUUACAAGCGCGUGCUUGCGGAGCAGGCCGACGCCGCAGCCGAGGCCAAGAAGAAGAUGAGCAACAUUGACCUGAUCCCGUCGCAGACUGCGUCGCAGGUCGACCUCGUUGCCACGGGCUUUGACCCUGUGCUCCCACGCACAAUGUCGAGCCUGACAGUCACACCGCGCGCCACGGCGCCUCCCAGCCCGCGACCGCAGGAGCCGGCCGUUCUCGACAUGGAGGACUCGAUGAUCGACGAGGAUCUCGCCAAAAACCGCGCUGCCAAGCUCGACAAGACCCGCGGCUUCAUGAAGUACAAGCGCCUGAACGAGGCUUACCGCCCGCCCCGCAAGCGUGUCAAGGAUUGGAAGGAGAUCAGCGCAGCCCUCACCAAGGCCGAGGUCACGCAGCAGACUGCGCGCUGCAUGGACUGCGGUAUCCCAUUCUGCCAGAGUGCGGGAUACGGUUGUCCGAUCGCCAAUGUCAUUCCCAAGUUCAACCAGCUCGUGUUUGACGACAAGAUCAAGGACGCGUUCUACCGCCUCCGGCUCACCAACCCUUUCCCCGAGUUUACUGGUCGCGUAUGCCCUGCGCCCUGCGAGAGCGCGUGCGUGCUCGGUAUCAACGAGGCGCCAGUUGGCAUCAAGAGUGUCGAACGCUGGAUUGCCGACCAGGGCUGGAAGAACGGGUGGAUGGUUCCCGCCAUUCCCGAGGUUCGUACCGGCUACAAGGUGGCCAUCAUCGGCUCGGGUCCCGCUGGUCUUGCCGCGGCCGACCAGCUCAACAAGGUCGGCCACACCGUCACCGUCUACGACCGCAACGACCGUAUCGGCGGUCUGCUCAUGUACGGUAUCCCGAACAUGAAGCUUGACAAGGAACUUGUUCAGAAACGUGUCGACCUCAUGGCACAGGAAGGUGUCAAGUUCAUCACCAAUGCCUACGUCGGCUCUAACGUUGAUGCGCUCGACAUCAAGGCCGAGAACGACGCCGUCAUUGUUGCGACUGGCGCGACGUGGCCGCGCGACCUCAAGGCUCCCGGCCGUGACGCCAAAAAGGGCAUCUACUUCGCCAUGGACUAUCUCCAGGGCAACACCAAGAGCCUUCUCGACAGCAAGCUUGAGGACGGACACUAUUUGAACGCCAAGGGUCUCGACGUGGUUGUCAUCGGUGGCGGUGACACCGGAAACGACUGUAUCGGCACAGCGAUGCGCCACGGCGCUAAGAGCGUCACAAACUUUGAGCUCCUGCCCGAACCACCCGUCUCGCGUCCCGCCGACCAACCGUGGCCCACCAUGGCGCGUCUCAAGAAGAACGACUAUGGGCACCAGGAAGUCAUGGCGCACACCCACCGCGACCCGCGCGAGUUCUGUAUCUCCACCAAGCGUUUCAUUCUCGACGACGGCGGGGCGCUCAAGGGCAUCGAGACUGUUCGCGUCGAGUGGACAAACACGGGCGGCCAGUGGAAGAUGGAGGAGGUCAAGGGCAGCGAAGAGUUUUUCCCCUGCCAGAUGGCGCUGCUUGCCCUCGGCUUCCUCGGCCCGCAGAAGGAGAUCGUCAACGCCCUGUCUCUCAAGACCGACGCGCGCUCCAACAUUGACGCCCCCGAGGGCAAACACAACACCAACCAGGCAGGCAUCUUUGCUGCCGGCGACUGCCGGCGUGGCCAAAGUUUGGUGGUCUGGGCGCUCAAGGAGGCCAGGCAGGCUGCCGAAGCUGUGGACCGGUUCCUCAUGGGCGAUACGCGGCUGGCGCACCAGGGCGGUAUCCCCAAACGCUCGUGGCUUGCUCCGCCCGUCACGUGUAACGGCGGUGGGUGCAAGGGGGAGAAUGGAGUGUGCGACGAGGUCGAGGAGGCCGAAGAAGACGUCAAGACUGAAGUUGGAGAAGAGGAAAAGCCGUGGACGAACGGCACCGAGAUUGCGGUCCAGGCAUAG